CUACAACCCAAAGCCCGUCAGUGAGAGGUUGGAGCUGGCAAGAGCAACAACUCCAUCUUUGACGAGGUGCUUUCGGGCGCGCGUUGCGCCGUGUGCUGGCUGGCUGCUGUGCUGUUUUGUUACCUUGGGUCAUAUCCCACCGUCUUCUCUGUUUUGUGUUCGUGUACUCUCUAAACGCCCCCCCCUCCUCAUCCGUUCUGUGCGGAACGGUACUGUACCAGCUGUUCUUCGAAAGUUGAUUGGAAAAAAGUGGCAGCGAAACACCAAAAAAAAAAAGUGCUCGACUCACAUUCCACCCAGCUUGGUACUGCUGGAUUGGAUGGAAUUUCCCCCCAUCGAAAGGGACCGUGUAGCGAAGACUCGCUAAAGUGACUACUCGAACACAGACUGCAUUUUCGCAAACGACACUGCCAGCAAAGAGAUGAGAUCGAUGAGAAGCUUAAUCCUAUUGGCCUGUGCUGUGGUAGUGGUGUGGUGGCCGGAAAGGUCACACGCCCAAUCGAACUAUGCCUCGCAGGCCAACAGCAUCGAGUACCAGGGCGAAGGUCUGCCGGAAGAAGCCACCCUGGAUGGAAAGGUUACGAAACUGGACGAUCUGAGCCCGAUCAUCUUCCUGAAUCGAACGAAAGCGGCACUGAACUGUGCCGCCGGCUUCAUGCAGGUGGAGCUAAAGUUUAACGAACCGUUCUACGGUAAGGCGUACGCCGACUACGAUCGCAACAGCGCGUGCCAGACGAGCGGCAAGGGUGAUCUGAGCUACCGGAUCGAUCUGCCGCUGAAAGGAUGUGGAACGAAGCAGGGACCGCAACGAGUUUUCACCAACAACAUUGUGGUACGGUUCCAUCCCGGGCUCGAGAUGGAUGGGGACGAGAUCAUCACGAUCGUGUGUCGCUAUCCACCACCGGUAGCUCCCAUUCCCGCUGGUCUGCCAGCUCCAAUCAUUAACGAACCCGCGAUCGUUGAGCCACCGCUGAAAGGUAUCCAGAUCCUGUUCAUUAUCUGCGCCAUCAUGUUCCUCACGUUGCUGCUGCUAGGGUUGGGUGUGUCCUACUACUGCCUGCGCCGCCGUCCGAUACCGAUCGUGCGUCGUGUCGUGCACGUUGGCAGCGGAUCCGAGAUUACUGCCCUGGAAAGCGGAAGCAUAGGAAGCGUGUCCGGGUUCAAGGUGGCCCGGCCGGUGGUGGCCGUCCCGCCACCGAUCCAGAGCUCGUCCGGCAGCGAAGGUGCGCUCAUCCCCUCGGACUACCCGAGCGAGUCGCAGUCCGAGAACGAGGAGGUCGAGACGGGCUCGCUGCCGGUCAGCUCGCGCGGCAGCAGCAGUGCGUACGAGAACGGCGCCUACGUGCACGACGGCAUCAGCCUGGCGUCGGCCGACCACCAUGCGUACGGGCAGACGCACGAGCUGCAUCUGGCCGGGGCGGCACUGCCCCCCUCGCCCAAGUUCGACAUCCAGGUGCGGGUGAAGCGCUCCCCGCCGCCACCGUCCUCGCUGCCGUCGUCGAUGAGCGGAUCGUCCGUGUCGGACACGGAAAGCAACAGCAGCACGCUCAUCAGCCAUGGGGGCGAUCGGAACAACCUGUCGACGAUACUGGAGACGCAGGAAGACCGGGACAGCGUGAUGACCACCGAAUCGAUGGCCGCGGACGGUGCCCAGUCCCACUUUACGUACGUGCCGGAGCUGCACACCGUCCCGGCGCACCUCGACUACCCGCCCAGUCCGCCGCCGAUUCCGCGCUAUAAUACCACGGUAACGACCACCAAUCGACGCUGGCUGGAGGUACCGGAUGGGCCACGCGCCCACGACACACACUCGCUGACCGAGCUCGUGGACGCGUCGCACCUCUACCAGCUAACCGCCGGCACGCACGUCACCACCGAUCGCCACACUAACCGGGCGGAGGACGCGGUGCAGCAGCUGCCCGAGCCACCGAUCGCCGUGUACAAAAAGCCUGAACUCAAGUCUCACGUUGUAGAUGAUCUGUUCCUCACGACCGUCACCGAGCGCACCACGAUCGAGGACGUCGAGCGGCACAAGCGGCUGGUGACGGAGUACAAGGCCCGCCCGGUGCCAGUGCCCGCCCCACCACCACCGCCACCGCCGGUCGAUCCGACCUGGGACGUUACGAUCCGCAACUACGAGGCGCAGCGUCAGCGCCAGUGGGAAGACUUCUCGGACGUGUCGAGCGCAUCCGGUGCACCGUCCGUGGCGUCGGCCAGUAUGCCGGUGCCGUCCUCCACCUAUCUGCCGAGCGCGUACGCGGCGGAUGAGCUGCGCAGCCCCGAGCUGGUGGGCAAUAUGAAGCCGGUGGAGCUGCCGCCGGAGGAUCGCUCCGUGUCGAACUGGGACGUGCUGAUACGGGUGCUGCAGGAGGUGGACAUGCCGGACACGUCGAUCUCGACGGCCGCCCUGCACACGGAGCUGCACCGUUACCCGCUGCAGCGGCAGCUCAGCUACGACGACAAGCUCAAGUGGAAGGAGAUCAUUACGACUGAAUCGACACUGCGCACGAUGCUGUCGGAGGCGACGGUUCGGGAGGACUUCGAGCGCAUCCGGUCGGAUGCACGGUACGAGAACCUGUUCGAGCCCCGCUCCUGGGACGUCAUUAUCCGCAUCCUGGCCCCGCCCGAGGACGUCGAGCUGCGCCAGUCGAAGCGCAGCAAGAAGCGCGAAACCUGGGACACACGCUCCCGCCGCAGCUCGCUGCCGACGCUGUACGAGUACGACAGCGAUGGCGACUCGUCCGUGCGUACGAUCACGCAGGAGCCGCAGCUGGUGGCGGCGACCACCAAUCUCGCGUACGGCGCCCAUGCCGGUUCGCUCGCUAGUGGAUCGCGGUCGCGCCGUACCUCCCGCUCGUCCUACAACUCGAACAACAUCGACAUGCGCUCCAUGUCGGAGGUGAUCGUGGACUUUGGGCGGAUGGCGGGUGGGCCGGGCCGGUCGGGCAGCGGUGGCGAACCGUCGGAGGAGGGCAGCUCGUACAUUGUGUCGCACAGCAAGGCCUACUUCGAUGAUGAUGAUGACGACGAGGAGGAUCAGCGGUACGAUCAGCGGUCGCUGCAGCGAUCGCUAAGCCAUCCGAGCUUGGCCCGAUCGGCCAGCGAGUUUACGGAGCGUUGGAUCAUCCCGGAGGACCAUAUGGAUCUGCGCGCUGAUUCGGAGGUGAACAAUUCGUCCAUGUACGGCUCGGGCACGAUGGAUGUGGACACGCGGACGACCUACAUCAAGCAGAGUCGCACGAUGGUGAGCCGUGAACGGCGCGACAACUGGUAGAUGAAGAGAAGGAGCGAACUCAACACUGUGCUCCUCUCUCCAUUCUCUCUCUAAUCUCACGUGCCAAGUCUCCGAUCGGUUUGCUCACCUCAGAAAAACACACUACUCAGCCCCAUGGAUUACUACUGCCCACUAACACUAACACUGCUACACUGAUACCGUUUGCUGUAUGGAGAAACUGCUGAGGUGUGAGUGCGACCGAUCGGGCAACAUAUGUGAAUCCCUGCCGGUAUUUUUUGCAAAUGGCGACAGCAUGAACACACGAAUUGAGUGAGUGCUGCUCCCGGAAGCUUGCGAUAAAGUAGACCAAUAAGCGUAGUAGAUUAGAUCGGAUCUGUUUUGUAUGGUACUGGUACGAAUGCCACCAUCAACAGCGCAACCGUUUUACUCCGAAUAACAAAUAGCAAAUAGCACUAGCGACGCUCGACCAGGGACGCGCUUGGCGACGAUAUACUGAUUAAUAAUUUUAAUUUUAACCACACACAUACACACUUCGAAAGUACCACAGGAGCGGAACGAACCCAGGAGCCUGAGGUGUCCUGGCGCCUGUGAUAAGCGAAUGAAAUUCUCGGCAUUACGGUGCUGAACCGGGGCAGGAGGCGUCAGCAAGGAUAUUAGUGUCACACCGUGUUUUAGCAUUUCGCAUACAUUUUCGCAACACCAGAUCGUGACCGUUCCGUCGUAUUGGUGGAGCAACUUAGAACGUUCACUAGAUCGGAUCGCGUAAUUCACAGCUUAAGUGGUGGAGGUUUCAAAACAAAAAUGGGGAAAUGAUUUUAUGCUUUUAUACAAACUACCGCAUUAGUAUGUAGGGAAGAAGCUUGAUAAUUACAAUCUCACACAGACCCGAGAUACGCCGUGGGGGGGGGGGGGGGUGUGGAGUCGUCCUUGCCCCCGCUGAAGACUCACUGAAUAAAACUAACCAAUACGUCUCACACGAA